ACCGCGCGAGGGAGACAAGCACUAAAACCAAUGCCGCAGAAGAGAGGGCCUGAUCUCGAAAAGAAAAACAUAGCUACCUCGGCAGGUAAACUGAAGAGCCGAAUGAAAGCAAGGCCACCAAAUUAAUUCUUUAAAAAUUACAGAAUUGUCACAUAAUCCACAACCAAGUUAAAGCAUUUUCUCUUGAAAUGAAUCUGAGAAGGCUUACCGGAAGUGAAGAAUAAACUAACGUCAGGGUGCUAACGUUAAGUCUGUUUACAGUACUAUCCAUACAUAAAAUAGUGUGGCAGGCAAAUUACGAUGGCAAGCUGGAGCCUUGGUAAACUCGUUAUAUUGACAAUAGUCGGCAGCGUUACACUGGAACUCCUGUAUUACACUUGGAAUUAUUUCAAAAGGAAUCACCGGCAUAAACAUGGAAAAACGAAACCAAAACAACAACAGAAGAACAUAUUUCACAACGUCCUGUUCUUUCCUGACCAGCACAUAGCUUGCAAGGAGCAUUUCAACAGCUCUGAUGGCUGUCUGAGAAGUGGUUGCAAGUAUGCACACUCAGAAACCUCACUAACUCACAUGCUAAGUUACCUGAGAAGUGCUAGAAAGACAUUAGAUUUGUGUGUGUUUGUUAUAACAUGCCAUGAACUGUCGGAUACAGUAAUAGCUCUGCAUGAAAGAGGUGUGACAGUGCGUGUAAUUACUGACGAUGAGCAGGUGGAUAUUACUGGAUCCAAAAUAGGAGCAUUUCGUGCAGCUGGUAUUCAGGUUCGUCAAGAUAGAUCGUCAUAUUUGAUGCAUCACAAGUUUGCACUUAUAGAUGAAGAUGUCCUCAUAAAUGGCUCGUUUAACUGGACCAGACAGGCGGUGACAGGGAACAAUGAGAAUCUGUUGAUCACCAAUAGUAGAGAUAUUGUACAGCCUUACAUUGAGGAGUUUGAAAGACUCUGGGAGCAAUUUGAUCCAAGAAAUUAUAAAUGUUUACCUCAUACAAAUAGUGAUCAAAUUCACCAAGCUAUCAGUUGAUGUGUGUAAGAAAAGGAGAUU